GCUUUGUUCGUUGCCGACCGCCCUGGCAGAAUUCAAUCCUCCGACGCACGCGUGCUCCCGACACAGCCCGCCCAAGGCCCACGCGACGGACUGACUGCCUGCCUGCCGACUGUUUCCUUUGCAUGGAAGCCGGCAAAAGCCGACAAGAGCCGACGUUGCGAGGGGCUGUUUGCCUGGUUGGCGUGACGCUUCCGUUACUUGCUCUGUCAAAGCAAAUUUGGGGCAGCCCACAAGAACCAACGACGCUGCUCUCUGAGCUAAACCGCCACAGCUAAACCGCCACCAUGGCGGGCCCGGCCGCUGGCACCCCCGCCGCUGAGCCCCCGUCGAAGCGACGCAGGGUGUUGCGUGAUGGCAAGCAGCAGCCGCAUGACGACGACGAUGCCCGCUCCUCGCCCGACCCUCUCACCCGAGACGACGAAGCCUUCACCCCGCGCCGGCUGUCCAUCAGAAACCCGAAACCACCACCCGCCCACGACAAGAAUACCAUCCCGUCCGCCGUCUCUGUGCCGCCCUCCAAAACCCGAUCACCAGACUCGUCGCCAUCACCCUUGAGGUCUGCCCGGCCGACAUCAAGGUCCGGGCCCGGGUUGAGGCCUCAGAGUCCAUCCCUGUCGAGGACCCGCUCCCGCUCGCGCUCGCCACACUCAAGAUCCUCAUCAUCGUCGCCGGAUCGUCGAUCUCCGUCAAGGUCAAGGUCACGGUCAAGGUCGGUUUCGAGAUCUCGGCGCAUAGGGGACCACUCCUCGGCCUCCCGCUCUCCCUCUCGCUCCCGCUCCCGCUCCCGCUCGCCAACCUCUCGUUCCCGUACCCGCUCCCACUUGGGGUCGCCAUCCCCCUAUAGGUCCCGCUCCGGAUCCAGCUCCCACUCUCCCUAUCGCUCCCCGCCGGAUGAAGAUGUCCUCCAGGCGCAAUUAUUGCAGCAGCAACAGCAGAAGUCGCCGAAUCCCGAGCCGGCCGAGGUCAAGAUCCGGUACCGCCCGAGGCUCGAGCUGAAGGGCCAUAUGCAACCCAUCUCACAGGUACGCAUCUCGCCAGACGGACGCUGGAUCGCCUCGGCGUCAGCCGACGGCACCGCCCGCGUGUGGGAUGCCGUCUCGGGCGCCCAUAUCGAUACCCUCGUCGGCCACAUGGCCGGCGUCUCGUGCCUUGCCUGGAGUCCAGACUCGGGCACCCUCGCCACGGGGUCCGACGACAAGGCCAUCCGCCUGUGGGACCGUACCAGCGCCGAGCCCGCCCACGGCGUUGACGUCGAUGGGGACGAGGACGAGGAUGAGGAUGACACCAGACGUGGGCGGGCACGUGCCACCAACGGUGCCAGGAGGAAGGAAGCCAGUACCGGGCCCUCCGCCGCUGCCGCCGUUGCUCGUGGCUCCCAGCGCCCGCUGCUGGGUCAUCACAACUACGUCUACUGCCUUGCAUUUUCACCAAAGGGUAACAUCCUCGCCAGCGGGAGCUACGACGAGGCCGUCUUCCUCUGGGAUGUUAGGGCUGGGCGUCUUAUGCGGAGCCUGCCCGCUCACAGCGACCCCGUCAGUGGCAUUGACUUUUGUCGUGAUGGAACUCUCGUCGUUAGCUGCUCCACCGACGGGCUCAUCCGCAUUUGGGACACAUCGACAGGCCAAUGUCUUCGUACGCUCGUGCACGAAGAUAACCCGGCCGUGAGCAGCGUGUGCUUCUCGCCCAAUGGACGAUACGUUUUGGCUUUUAAUCUGGACAGCUGCAUCCGCAUGUGGGACUAUAUAACCCUACCCUCAACUGUUAAAAAGACAUAUCAAGGUCACUUGAACACAGGCUUCAGCAUCGGCGGCUGCUUUGGCGCCGUCGGAAAGGGCGACGAGAACACUGACGACAACUACCGUGCGCCAAACGAUGGGGCCGAUCUAGUCGACGACGAAGAAGGUGAUGACGGCGACGAUGAUGUCGACGUCCUAGGGGACGAAGACGACAUCGGCAGCCGGCUAGGCUUGCGCCACCGCCUGAACCGGAGGAACCGGAGGAAGCGGCGGGGGCCGUCGGGGCAGCAGGCCCUCGUGGCUAGCGCGAGUGAGGACGGCGACGUUCUGCUCUGGGACGUCAGCAGCAAGGAGGUUGUGCAGCGCAUCACCGCCGCGCACGACGGCGUCUGUUUCUGGGUUGACAUUGUCGGCGACACCAUGGUCAGCGCCGGUAAGGACGGCCGCAUCGUCGUCUACCACAACGGCAGGGCCGCGAGGCGGCAGAAGCCCGCCUCCGGCACCGAGCAAGCCGAAGAGACGGCGGUUGAGAAGCAGCAGGAGGACCAGGUCAUGACUAAUGGCGCAAACAACGGCGGCGACGCCGAGCACGCGGUCGACGACGGCGCCAUGGAAAUCGACGACGCAGACAUACAGGCUGCGCUGGCCAAGGAAGCAGACGCCCUUGCGGCAUGAGAUCGCAUUUUUAUGAUCUACGCCGGGGAAUCAAUGACCCGUUUCACAAGUAGCAUAGCGUGCAGUCGUAUUUGGGGCCCUAAUACACCGAUAGCAUCCACCUACCACAAUGAUACCCCAUCUUGAACGAAAGUGAAGCCAAGGAACCUCGUUUCCAGACUCCAAA